AUGGAGGCGUUUGCUUCUGCAGUGCCGGAGCCCCCAUCUCCCACGAAGCGCCGAAAGAGCGGGCUGGCUAAAACCUGCGAAAAGCUCCUCUGCAAUGCCUUUAAAUAUUUUCCUCUUGCUUUUGUGUACGGGCUUACGACAUGGGCGGUAUCGGUAGAAGCUGGGGUCAGUAUAUACCAUACAAGGAACUGGUGGAAAGGGACACUCGGCAGCGUUUUUGGGAUAGCCCUUUACCUGCUGAUGAACACGUCGUAUACAGUUGCGGUCUUUACCGACCCCGGAACGCCCCUACAAACCUCCACUUAUGGCCGAUCCAGGCAUCAAUAUAGCCAUCUCCCAACCACCGAAGAUUCCGAAUAUACCUCUGUCACGGUAAACUCCAUGGGAGAAAUGCGCUACUGCAAGAAAUGUCGGUGCCGGAAACCAGACCGGACACAUCACUGCUCGACUUGCGGACGCUGUGUUUUGAAAAUGGAUCAUCACUGCCCGUGGCUGGCCACUUGCGUUGGAAUGUACAACUAUAAAGCUUUCUUGUUGUUUUUGAUUUAUACGUGCCUUUUUUGUUAUGUCUGCUUUGCCGUUUCAGUGCUUUGGGUGUGGGAUGAGAUGAUGAAAAAUGUGGAAUAUAUGGAACGAUUUUUGCCGGUUAAUGUUAUAAUACUGGCUGUCGUUUCGGGGAUGAUGUCUCUGGUAAUAAGUGGCUUUACGGGUUGGCAUAUUAGCCUCUCAGCCCGCGGAUUAACGACUAUUGAAUGUUUGGAGAAGACAAGGUAUUUGGUACCGGUCAGGAAGACGCUGGAUCGGCAAAGAAGAGAAUGGCAGCAACACCAGCCAAACUCUCGAAACCCUGGGGCGGCCACGAACAAAAUCGGUCGAACCCUUCAGGGCUACGGUCAGCAGUUUAUUGAUAUGCAUGCAAAUGCGAUACCAGGCGUCACUCGCGCCGAAGAAGGUGAAGAACGCGCGUCACCUACGCUAGGGACGAGAAUCCCAGACACAAGGCAUCACCACAACGACUAUAACCCUGAUGAACACUACGACCAAUACCAAACCCCAGCUCAGCAAUCUCUCUUCAGGUCGUAUGGAGAACUAGAUAGAGCCCGGGAGCAUGAUAGAUACGAAGAAUACCUAGCCGAGUGUGACAGUGAGAAGCUGCCCCAUGCAUUUGACCUUGGGUGGCGAAGGAAUUUUCUACACCUCUUUGGACCAAAUCCCUUUCUCUGGCCCGUCCCGAUCUGCACCACCGUUGGUGAUGGAUGGCGCUGGGAACAUAGCAGCAAAUGGCAGGAGGCUAAAGCUACGAUCGAACAACAGCGCCAUAAAAGGUGGGAGGAAGAACGCCUCCAGCGUCAACAGUUUUGGCAGCAAGCGGCGAAAACAAGCCGGUCCCUACCAACUACAGCCCAGCAUCACUCCUGGCAUGCUCCUGAACCUCAUCCGGGAAAGUCGUGGACUGGAAGGUACAAUAGUACUGGAAAUAUGAGGGGAUCGGCUUAUAUUGGAAGCAGUGUUGAGGACCGGCCAUCCACUGGUGUCUCGAUGAAAACGCUACGCCCCAUGUCUCCUCGACCCCGGCCCGGGGAAAGGGAAGAAGAUAUUGAUGAGGUUUCUGAUCGUUACAGCACGAGUUCUGACGAGGCUACCGAGCAGCAUGCUCUGGUAGGAGACGAUAAUGCUAAACAAGCCCUCCCUAAUGGUUCUGCAAAGGGGGCGACGGAAGAAUGGGUCAACUGGGACUGA